AUGUCAUCCACCGCCUCCACCUACUCCAACCCCUUCGCCGGGCCGGACCCUGCUGACAUCCGCGACAUCAACAUUCACGAACGUGUCCCCGUCGUCCUCGAUGCCACCGACUCCUCAUACUUCGCGUGGAGGACGUACUUCUCGCUGCUCUUCUACGAGAACAAUCUCGUGGAUCACGUUGACGGCAACGUUGACUCCUGCGCUAUGGUGGGCGACUCCGAGUGGACCGCAAUCGACGCCACGCUCAUCCGAUGGUUCUUCACCACCAUCUCGAAGGACCUGUUUCACACGGUCGUGAGCGAUGGUGAUGACGCCCGCGCCGUGCGGGUCAAGCUCAACGGCCUCUUCACCAACAAUAAGCUUCAGCGCCGCAUUAUUCUGCAGCAGGAAUUUUUUGACUGUCAUCAGGAUGAUCAGUUUAUCGAUGACUACUGCUGCCGCGUGAAGACGUUGGCGGAUGAGCUCCGUGAUAUCGGCGCCAAGGUUGAUGACGACCUCCUCCUCAGCACGAUCACCGCCGGCCUCAACGAGGACUUCGGCAACGCCGCCUCCAACCUCUCCUUAAUACCGAAGCCCUCCUUCCCCAAGUUUGUGGCGUACUUGCGGUUGGAGGAGCGCCGGAUGAAGGGGGUCAAGCGCGUGCAGCACCAUGCCCUCGCCGCUGGCACCUCGCGUGGCGCCCCACCAAUGGCCGCCCCGCCCGCGCCCCGCCACCAACCGCCGCCCCCCGCGCCUCCCGCUGCCCCCCCCAGCAGCAGCCGGGUGGUGGGCGCCGUGGCAACCGCCACGGGGGCGGUCGCAAGCAGCAACAACUGGCGCAUGGGGGGCCCCUCGUCAGCGGACGCCCGUACACGGAUGGUACUCCACCGACGUGACAGCCCGGACAAGCUUUACCCGGUGCAUCCUUCCGGCGCCACCACCACCCAUCCUGCUGCCCUCGCCGCUAGUGUCGAUCUUUGGCACGUCCGCCUCGGCCACCCCAACUCCACAGUUUUGCGUCAGAUUCUUCAGAGUUUUUCUUUCUCAUUUAUUGCAUAG